CCACACAUUAGAACUCAUAAAAUCAAAGGCAUAAGGAAAUAUUUCUCUUUCAAAAUCGUCGUCUUCAUCUGCCGCUUCGUGCUCCCUUUCAUCUACUCUCUCAUGGCUUCCACUGAAAUUGCCCACGACUUUUCCCCUUUGCUCGUCGUUUACAAAGACGGUCGCGUCCACAGGCUCGCCGGCAACGAAUUAGUCGAUCCGUCUCUUGACCCCCUAACCGACGUCGAGUCCAAAGACGUUGUCAUCUCGCCGGAAACCGCCGUCUCUGUUCGGAUUUAUAGGCCCAAACCCACCGCACAACCUCACAAACUUCCUCUUCUCAUUUACUUUCACGGCGGAUGUUUCUGCAUCGAAUCCGCAUUCUCCACCACCUAUAACCGUCAUCUUAACUCCUUAGUCGCUGAAGCCAACGUCAUCGCCGUCUCCGUCGAUUACCGGCUAGCUCCGGAGCACCCGCUUCCGAUCGCUUAUGAAGAUUCCUGGGAUGCUUUGAAAUGGGUCGCCGCCCAUUCGGCCGGAACCGGGCCGGAGGAGUGGUUGAAUGGAAUUGCAGAUUUGGAGCGGGUUUAUUUCGCCGGAGAUAGCGCUGGAGCCAACAUUGCUAAUCGAAUGGCGAUACGGGUCGGGUCGGAAGGGUCGUCCGGGUUAAAUCUGAGGGGAUUGCUUUUGGUUCAUCCUUAUUUCUGGGGAGGGAAAUUGAUCGGAGAUGAAGAGAAGCUGAAUCCGAAAGAUAGAAUGUUUAUCGAGAAAUUGUGGUAUUUUGUUUACCCUAAGAUUAGCGGGUUAGAUGACCCGAUUGUGAACCCUGAAUUUGACCCGGAAUUGGGGCGGGUAGCGGCGGAGAGAGUGGCGGUUUAUGUGGCGGAGAAGGACGCUGUGAAAAACAGAGGAUGGCUGUACAGCGAGUGUCUGCAGAAAUCGGGAUGGAGCGGCACCGUGGAUGUUGUCGAGACGAAAGGCCAAGGCCACGUGUUUCAUUUGUUCAACCCGACAUCCGACGAGGCGGUUGAUUUCAUCGGAAAGCUUGCCGCCUUCAUCAAUGCCGGCCACCGUGAGUGAAGUGAUCAGAGAAUUAAAUAAAUUUCCUCCGCCUUCUUCGGCAGCGGAAUUUGAAGUCAUUUUAAAGUUCCUUUUUUCUUCUUGUUUUUUGGUUUCGUAGUUUGGAGGGGAAAAAAUGAAGGAAUUGAACGUGAAAUAAGGUAUUCUAUUUCUGAUUCUGUUUUGUGGCAA